AUGUUCUCCACUUUCUGGACUCAGGUAUUUCCUCCGCGACCUCUGUUCACAGAGAAGAGUUUGCCGGAUUUACAGGGAAAGGUCUAUAUCGUGACAGGGUCAAACACGGGAGUCGGCAAGGCCCUAGCCCAAAUUCUCUUCUCCAAGAAUGCAAGAGUCUACAUAGCAGCGCAAAUGGAGAGGAAAAGGCCAAUAAAGCAAUCCGGGGAGAUCAGCCAAGCCGAUCCUAAUUCCACAGGCGAGCUGGCCUUUCUUCCCCUGGACCUCAGCGAUCUGACUGUAAUCAAGUCGUCCGUUGAAAGCUUUCUUGCCAAGGAGAACAAGCUGCAUGUUCUAUUCAACAAUGCCGGCGUCAUGGCGCCUCCCACAGGAUCCAAGACGGCCCAGGGCUACGAACUCCAGCUAGGCGUCAACGACAUCGGUCAUUUCUUAUUCACAAAACUGCUAACACCUACCCUUAUCUCCACAGCCAAGACCGAACCGCCCAACACAGUCCGCGUGGUCUGGGUUUCAUCCCUGGCUAUGGAGAUAGGCGCUCCGAAAUCAGUUGGCGUACCCAUGGACGAGUUGGAGAAGCUCGCCGACAACAAAUCGGCUCGGUACAGAAAUUACUGCAUCAGCAAAGCUGGGAAUUACCUGUAUGCGGCCGAGUUUGCGCAGCGCCAUCGGGCCGACGGGGUUAUCAGCGUAGCGCUGAAUCCGGGGUAUCUUGCUUCGGACCUCUUCCGUCACCGAUGGCUCUUGUUACAGCUGUUGAUGCGCCCAAUGCAAUUUCCGCCUGUGUUUGGAGCUUAUACCGAGCUCUUCGCUGGGUUGUCGCCGGACGUCACGGAUAAGGAGCCGGGGAAUUGGAGUGGUUGGAGUAUUUGGUGGGAAGCGAUCAAGCCAGAGACUGACGGCGGUAACGGAACUGCGCGGAAGUUCUGGGAGUGGACUGAGAAUCAAAUUCAGCCUUACCUUUGA